UCCCUCCCGUCCUCCUUCCCUUCUCCCCGCUCGGUCCCUCGCUCCUGCGUGCACUGCAGGAUGAGGAGUGAGUUGUGUGUGUGGACCGUGCUGCUGCUGGGGAUAGGAUGGGUGCGGGGACAAGGCCAAGGCCAAGGCCAGACCAACUUCACAAGGCCUACAUUCGUGUGCGGAGGACACGUAGUGACCGAUUCAGGGUUUGUGGGCAGUGAGGGAUUCCCCAGCUUCUACAAGCCCAACACCAAAUGCACCUGGUACAUCACCGUGCCAGACGGCCAUGUCGUGAUGCUCCAGUUCCGCAUCUUUGACCUAGAAGCUGACCCCACCUGUCGCUAUGACUACGUAGAUGUGUACAACGGCCACUCGUACACGACGCAGAAGUUGGGGCGCUUCUGCGGAACGUUUCGCCCGGGCUCCAUCAUCUCCACCUCCAACCUCAUGAUGCUGGAGAUGGUGUCGGAUGGAGGCACCGGCGGCAGAGGCUUCCUGGCUUACUUCAGUGGAGGAAAGCCUCAUGUGGAUGAGAAUCAGUUCUGUGGGGGUCGGCUCACCAAGGAACAGGGAUCAGUCAAGACGCCAAACUGGCCCGAAUCCGAUUACCCAGCAGGCAUCAGCUGCUCGUGGCACAUCACCGUGGAAACCAACAUGGUGAUUGAAGUGAAAUUUGAAAAAUUGGAUCUGGAGCCUGACAUGUACUGUCGCUAUGACUACGUGGCACUUUUUAAUGGCGGGGAGACUGAUGACUCGCGGCGAAUAGGGAAGUUCUGCGGGGAAACAGUGCCAGAGACUGUGGUGACCAAUGCCAAUGAGCUCCUGGUUCAGUUCGUGUCAGACCUGAGUGUCACCAAAGCUGGAUUCAUGGCCCACUACAACAGCAUCCCCAGAGGCUCCCGAUCGGCCACCAGGGGCAUCGACCGCGCCCCGGGCCCCCGAGUGGACGCAGGAGCCGUGAGGCCCUCAAGACCGGCACGCCCCACACCCAAACCCGCCCUUCGACCCAAACCCAAACCCACGCCAGCGCGUCCUCAGCCCAGACCCGUGCCGCGCAGGCCCACGCCGAAGCCCAGAACCCGGCCCACACCGAAGCCCAAACCGGUCCGGCCGACCCCUAAACCAGGCACGAGACCCACACCCAAACUUAAGCCGACACCAAAACCCAAACCGACGCCAAAACCAAAACCAGCUGCCAAGCCGAGACCAACACCUAAGCCUAAAACACGACCCACGCCCAAACCGAGUACAAGGCAGGGACCAAAACCAGGGGCCAAAGCCACUCCCAAACCACGCACCAGACCCAUCAAACCCACCAGGAAACCUGGAACCAAGGCAGUUAUAAAGCCUGUCAAGCCCAAAGUCAAGCCCACACCGAAACCAGCUUCCAAACCAGGCAUCAAACCGGCAAGCAAGCCUGGCCAGAAUAGCACCAAAACAGCGGUGAAGGCACCCAAGAAAUCUGCAGCAGCAAACCCCUUGUGCACACCAGCUUGCAAGAGGGCUGGCACCAUGCAGUCCAAUUUCUGCCCUAGUCACUUUGUGAUUACAGGUAAGGUGACCACAGUCACCCCGGGUCAGCAGGACAGUGUGCAGGUUGGCGUGUCCGUCAUUAAGAUCUACAAGGCAGGCGCGCUGAACGUCACCAAGAGAGGCCCCACUAUGACAGUCACUCUCACUGCCACCUGCAAGAAGUGUCCUGCACUGAAGAAAGCAGGGAACUACGUGCUCAUGGGUGAAGUCGACGCAGAAGGUCGGGGCAUCCUCCAACCCACAAGCUUUGUCCUCUUGUAUAAGAACGUGCAUGCCAAGGCACUGGCCAAUUAUGCCAAGGCACAAUGCUGAUCAGAAGGGUGCCAGGCAAGCGACACCUCUUGGUAGACUCUAUGGUAGACUCUGAGGAAAAUAUGCUGCCAACUUGAAGUUCUCAAAGCAAACAUGUACGAGAUGAGGUAUGUUUUGUAAAAAAAAACAAAAAAAACAUCUGAACAUCUGAAGAAGUCCUCAUAUUUGUCACUAUAUAAGUCAGACAGCCAAAGUAUAUACUCUUGGUAUACCCUGUCAGUGCACCUAAAGUAUAUACUUAAAUGGAGCAGAUAUCACGUUGGUAAAACAUCAUUUGAUUGACAUCCAUUUCUGUGUAUGUGGUCAAAAGUGUACUUUGUUUCAAUGUAUUUUUAUACACAUAAAGAUAUUAUACUGUAACUGUUGGGUCACUUUGACUUUUAUAAAUUAUGAUGGAGCUUUAAUAAAAACCUUUAAACAUAAAA